GUACCAGCAGGGUUUCAGGAUGUCUUCUCAGAAUGCUCUGAUUGGCGUUCUCACGAUAGACAGUCUGCUUGUCCCUUCUUCCUCCGACCUGAUCCAUGCCUCUGCAUGGGCCAUACCGGGGAAUCAUGGUGGUGGCCUAUGUGUUUUGUCGCUGAUAAGAAGGAACGAUCGGUCGGCAAUCCCCCGAGCAGGCUUAAGGUUGCUGAACCGAUCCGGAAGGCGCCAUCGGCAAUGAGCACGUGGAUUUCCCGAACCAUGCACCGCACUUGCCUUGCUAGUCAACUACCCGAUCAGGAAGGUCGAACCUACGCAUCAUCCAUGCUCCUCCAAUGUCACGAUUAUUAUAUUAGCCUAAUUACUAUGUGCUAUAAGAUUCUUUGA